CUCGACUGUAGACAGCCAGUGAUAGUUCGGCUGUAUUCGGUAGGGUAAUGUCACACUGACCCGUCUGUACUGCGAGGCUCUAAUCGAUAAGCUUCCCAUUGCAGGGAUUUGUGAACUUGUAGCCAAAUGCCUCCCGACACAGAAGUCUUGUGAAAGAUCGAAUCUGUUGUAAACGUCGCAGAUACACAUGUGAUGACGUAUCUUCUGUCACGCUGGAGCUGUCACUUAUACGCACCCGUUAAGGGGCAGAGAGGAGAGAUUCAAUGAAGCCAGAGAAGUGAUCAGGAAUGACUGUAAGACAGUCCUUGGGCAUCCUCCUGCUAUGGACGACCUGCUGCUUGUGGUCAGCAGGAUCCCACGCAGGAUCCCUCGCAGGAACCCAUGUACAGGACCGCUCCUGUGAGAAGGACAACCCGCAGGAAUGGGGACACUCCAAGAUCAAAGAUCAUCAAUGUUUCGAUCAGGAAUCUAGAACUGAGCAGCUUACAAGACUUGAUCCAGUAAAGGUCGGCCAUGUUGAAUCACUGAAUCUGGUGGAGGGCAAAGUUCAUGAAAGGAUCACUCUGGCUUUGAAUCCUUCAGUGUUUGAAAUCCCUGACUUCAUGACCUCCUCGGAGUGCCGCUACAUCCGACAGAUUGCCAUAAGCAAUGGCCUCAAGGCAAGCGGAGUCUUCUCGGCAGCUGAACAGAAUCCUACAGAGUCUCCUGACUCUGUCCGAGACCUGCGCCGACGUUGCUCGAGUUAGUAUGCAGACAUACGUACACCUAGAUCACGACCCAAUCUUGAUGGGAAUCAGAGAGAGGCUGUCUGCAGUCACACAACUUUCUCUCCGCUUCUUUGAUGACAGUGAGGGGCUACAGGUGGUGAGGUACGACGUGGGGGGACACUACCACGCUCAUGUGGACUCGGGCCCGGAGAUGGCUCAUGGACUGCCGUGUUGUCACCAGAGUCGAGACUGCUACCCUGCUACAUCACAGUGCUGCCAGCUGUGUCGGUAUGUGACGGUGCUGUUGUACUUAAACCAGGUAGAAGAGGGAGGGGAGACUGUCUUCCCUGUUGCAGACCAGGACGAUGAAGCUUUAAGUAAUUUAUUGUCCAGACGUGAAAACUUUAACCUGAGUCAGAACUGCCAUAAUUCAUCAGUUGUCAUCAAGCCACGAGAGGGGACGGCCAUCAUGUGGUACAACAACCACCUAGAUAUGGAGACUGGAUGGAUUGGUGACCUUGACCCCUUCUCGUAUCAUGGAGGAUGCGACGUAUUACGUGGGGAAAAAUGGAUUGCCAACUGUUGGGUGUCAGCGAGUAGGUUCUCUGACAGACACAAACCAAGCAUCUACGCCAGUCGCUGGAACUGAAGUCAAGUGUAUCAUAUCGGGAAGGAUGACGAUAUAUAGAUGAACAACUUCUUUAUUACAGUGAGAGCGACGUUUCGGUGUAGGUUCUAACACUGUUUUCAAGCAAGCAUAUAUCAUAUCAGUCUGCUCACCAGUAUAUGUUUCCAUUUAUGAUUUUUGGUUUUUGAUGCCAGAAGUAUUAUUUCAGUGAAACAUAUUUUGUCAAGUGCCAAAUUAUUUUUGAAUGAUGGUAGUUCAUUUUUAACUUCCAAGAUAUUGUAUUGCAAGUAAUAUAUCGGAAUGAAGUGUCCUGGAUCUCAUGCAACAUAGUCUUGGUCACGCUACUUCCUGUCGCACAUCUGUGAUAAAAUAUCGGCAUUUAGAUCACCAGGCUUUGUGGAACAGUGCUGAUAAAUGUUUUCUGUGAUCAACUUGUCCCAACUGAUAAAAUCAAAUAUUUAUUUCAUUUUCAUAUGUAAAGAUGAUGUUUAGGUUUAACCUGAAGAGGCCACAGUGCUGUGUGAAUAAUCAUAACAUGAAUGCAUUUUGAGCUUGAUCCCAACUGUGGAUAAGGUCAGUAAUAUAUCAUUUGUUGCAAGCUGUUAGGGGUAUAAAAUAUAUUACUAUCAUCUGAUCAUUGUUUGUAAUAGUUAUCAAGCUGAGUGUGCUGAAACGGCAUUGCGUCAGUAUUUUUUAUUAAUCCAAGUAAGUUAAUCUUGUUGUUUUGUAACAGUACUUUCAUAGACCUUACUUUUUUAAUGUUUCACUUUGUUGUACGUGUUUUUGAGACAUUACCACAAGCUUCUGAAACAUUCUGUAUCAUCGGUCAUAAUGUCCACCAUCCUCGAUAAUCUCCUGGGUAUAUGUUCUGAUUAAUCUCUACUAGUACCCUGGAUGCAUCUACGGAUCGGCCCGUUAAUUUUAU